AUGAAUGAGUGGUUUGCUGAGUUUUUUCGUACAAAUUCGGGUACCCAACUUCCUCUACCCCCACCUAACCCUCAACUGGGUCCCGUAGCUCUCAAAGGUGUGGAAUUGGUAAGACUAAACAAGCCUUCAAUCGAUAAGAUUCGAAAGCAAGGGGCUGAAGAAUUUAGAGAAAAUGUCAAUGACGAUCUUGAAAGAGCAGAAUUUUGGCUUGAGAACUCUAUUCGGGUAUUUAAUGAGCUUUCUUGCACCCCGGAUGAGUGCUUGAAAUGUGCUUUAUCACUUCUAAAGGAUACGACGUAUCAGUGGUGGAACACUCUUAUAUCUGUGGUACCGCGGGAAAGAGUUACUUGGGACUUCUUCCAAGAGAAAUUCAGAGAGAAGAACAUCAAUCAACGGUUCAUUGAUCAGAAACAUAAAGAGUUUUUAGAGCUAAAACAUGGUCGUAGGACUGUGAUUGAAUACGAGCAAGUGAUUGUUAGACUUAAAAUUGAGAUAUUUGUAUGCUCGAUCAAUGCUUCAGCUGGGUAUCCUAACAAAGAUUGUGGGAAGCUAUAUUCCGAUUCUAAGGCCCAAACAAUGUCAGUAGCGAGCGUUCGUAAUGCUAGGUCUAUUAAGCCUGAAUACCAACACUGUGAUAGACGACAUCUCGAUGAAUGUAGUAUGAAUAAUCGAGCUUGCUUUAGAAGUGGCUCCCAAGAUCACUUCAUUCGGGAUUGCCCUGAAAUGGUUGAAAAGGAUAAUUUUCAGAAUGCAAGAUCGAGUAACACUGCUGCUAGAGGGAGGCUAGUAAGAAAUACGAGAAAUGGGACCAGUAGCAGAGUAGUAUCCAAAGACUCGACUGUUAGAUCAAAAGCUAGAGCACCUGCGAGAGCUUAUGACAUUCGUGCUCGCGAGGAUGCAUCCUCCCCUAGUGUGAUCACUAGUACAUCUUCUCUCUAUGAUACUAAUCAAAUGGAUCCCGAUCGAGCAAUAGCUAACGAUGUGGAAAAUAUUAGCGCCUUCUCCCGCUCAAGGGAUAGCGCUGACUGA